AUGGGUUAUAAAAAAAAUAAACCAAAUAAGAAUAAACAGAAAGUAAUUACAAGUGACGAAGAAGAGUCAACACACUAUGUAGCAGAAUUUGAUAACAGAAAUGAGCAAGACUCAAAUACUAGCGAUAAGAGCUAUUCAACAACAAGCGAAAUUUCAGCUUUACUUAAACGACUAGAAACUUUAGAGAAACGUCAGGUUGCUCAUAAUAAGAAGGCAAAAUCUCAAAGAUUUGAUACAAAUUCCGAUGAUACUAAUAAUGAUUUUAAGCGCAAGAACCCAAAGUUUUCUCCUACUGCUUGUGAUUGGGCUAUUCGACGAAUAAUGCGAGGAAUUAUUAACAAUAAACGAGAUACUGAAAAAUGCAAAAAGAGUAUUCGUUCAUUUUAUGAUAACAAGAAAAAAAAGACAGAUAAUACCGCCUUUCAAGUUCCUGCCUAUACAACAUCAAAUGAAACUCUUGGAGAAUUUGUGGCCAGUCUUGAGCUUAAUAAAAUUCGCACAACUUCAUCUCAUACUCCAUUAACUACCCUUCGACAUCAAAAUACCAAUUGUGAAAUCCAAGAUAGAAAUCCAAGUGAUGCUAUUGAAUCGUCAGACAGAUCUAGCAAGAUGUUCCAAAAUGCUGAUCGCAAACUACGUAACCAUACUUCCAGACUAGAGAAAUUAGAAAAAUUACAAAGGCUACAAGCAUGGAAGACAAUACAUCAACUAAAGGACGAUCUUCAAAGAUGUCUAGUAAAUCAAAAGCUAAUGGAAAAACGAAGAAUUAAAUAUAGAUUCAUGGAAUUACAAGAAGGUGGUUACUCAAUUAAUCUCUAA